UAUUCAAUAGUAUACAUGAAUGCAUUCUCUCCCUCUGUCCAUGUUUCCCUUGUUUGUUUUCCACUGUACUAUGUAAAUCACCUUUGUUUGGGACUUCUCUUUAUCAGCGGUAGGGACAGAGAGCUGAAGCUUGUGUAUUUUAAUAUUUAAAUCAGACGUUAAGGUGACUACAAGAGGUCACUGCGUGUGUGGAGCAUGUGAUAUCUUACCAGGAGCAGCGUUCAUCAGCACAUCAGAGAGAGAGGGAGAGAGAGAGACAUCAGAUUGAAGCACAGAGAGAAGACAUCACCAGAUUGAAGAUGCAGUGGAGUCUGUUUCUGCUCCUUCUGUCGGGUCAGUGUUCCUUCUUCACAUGUCGUCACUAUGAGUACCACUUUAUUGGAGAGAAUAAGACCUGGAAAGAAGCUCAGUCAUUCUGUAGAGAGAAUUAUACUGACCUGGCCAAAGUGUAUGACAUGACAGACAUGAAGAGACUCCUUGACUCUGUAAAGAAUCAAACCGAAGCCUGGAUUGGGUUGUACAGUGAACCAGGAAAUAAAAGGAUGUGGCACUGGUCUCUACCUGGAGUGGAGUACAAUGAAAGCGAGGCAAAAUGGGAAAAUAGAGAUCUGAACGAUGAACACCGUAAGAACUGUGUGCAGAUGAACAGGGAUCAGAAAUGGAAGACAUCGAAGUGUCAUGAAGAAAAAAUCAAAUUUGUCUGCUACAAUGAAAGCUCCAGUGAUAAAUUCUGUUUUAAAAAGGAGAAAAAAAAGUGGACAGAGGCUCAGAGAUUCUGCAGAGAACAUCACACAGACCUGGUCAGUGGAGAUCAGUUAGAAGAUGACAAACUAAAGCAAGAAAUAGCGGAUCGCGAUGAAUUUUGGAUCGGCUUGUUCAGAGACACCUGGACUUGGUCAGAUGGGAGCAAUUUCUCUUUCAGACACUGGGAUCAGGAGCCAUUUAGAGAUGGACAAGGUGAAAAGAACUGUACUUUUGUAAAGACAUCAGGAGAAUGGGACACUGAUCAAUGUAUGACUAAAAAACCCUUCUUCUGCUAUAAAGAAAAACUGAUCCUGAUCCAACAAAACAAGACCUGGGACGAAGCCUUGGAUUACUGCAGAGAGCACCACCAUGACCUGGUCUCCAUCACUAACGUCCACCAGCAGAGAUGGGUCCAACAGAGAGCCAAGAACGCCUCAACUGAUUAUGUCUGGCUGGGACUGCGCUACACCUGCGUUCUGGAUUUGUGGUUCUGGGUCAAUGAUCAUCUAGUCUGCUAUGACAACUGGGGCCCAGGGCAAGAGCCUGUCUCCUGUUUCCAUUCUGCUGCCAUGGCGAGCGACGGACAGUGGGUCAAAAAGGCUGAUACUAAUACGUUUGAUUUCAUCUGUGCUGUAUAGGAAAUGUUAAAAUCCACCCAGACCCAGUGGUGACAGGCUUUAUAUUUCUGGUGUAUAUUUCUUUAGUGCAACAAGCUUAUACCAUGUAAUCACGGCUUUGUGGCUUUAUUGAACAGCAGUAUGAAAAUGUAGAGAUCACAAACUGACGGGCAGAGAAACAGAGUUACCAACAGUCUAGUCAAUUAAGUAUAAAGAUCUAUAAUGUUUUGCUGCUUAUACUCAUAAAAUAUUCUCUUUGGUAAACAUCUGGUGAUGGUUAUGAUAUGUGAAACCAUAAUUCUAUCCGUUCGCAUGUUGGGUCUUUUAUAUCAAUUAAUAAUAAAUUCUUGUGAAGCUGAAUAAAGUUUUAAACCAUGA